AUGACAACCGAACAAUUCGAUUUUUUAAAGGAUACUGUUGCAAACAUACCGGACCCUGUGGAAACUGCAGAUGGUGGUGAAGGUCCAUCAUCAGGCGGAGCUAGCAACAAUGAUAUGGAAGUUAUCUUAAGUGCUGAUGAACCUGAUGCAGAAGAUUGGUAG